AUGCGGAUCUCAUUGAGUUUUUGCAGCGUGUUCUUCCUGUUGCCAGCCGCCCUCGCGGAAAGCUUCAGAUGCCCUGAUGUGGACGGCAGCACGGUGACCGACGACGGUGGUGUGCAAUGGAUGAUCGGCUGUUACGACGACACACAACCACCCAGCUCCUUCAAUUAUAUAAUAGUGGAAAACGGCUGGAACGGAUGUUUUGCUGCGUGCCGGGCGGACUCGAACUGUGCAGCCUUCACAUUUCGUGGAGAACAGCUCGGUGUCAAUGGAGCAGGUAGAGGAUACUGCUAUUUCAAAUCUACCAACCGUGCUGCCACCGCCUUCUUCCAGGGUAGGGGAAAUGACUUCGUGGGUGCUGUGAAGUUGCAGUACUUGGGGGGCUCACCCGGCACAAGACCGUACCUCGACGCCAAAUUCCCCAACCCUUCUCAAUUCCAAUGUCCACGCGACAGUGGCCAAGUCGUGACUGAUACAUUCGGCACGCAAUAUGUCAUAAGUUGCGGACAAGACACUCUACAAAACAGUGCACAGGCACCCGAAGCGCAGAACAGUUUCCAUGAGUGCUUCUACUAUUGCUCGUGGACCUACCCAGGCUGUCUUGCCUUUACCUACUUGGGUGGCAACAAUGGAGUGGGAGCUGGGAACUGUUACCUUAAAACUGCCCUUGCAGCAAACCAAUUUUCCGGGGGUGGAAGAUCGAAUCUCGUUGGCGCUAUUCUGUUGUCCAACUACAGAGGCCCUGCAAUCACGUACCGUGCCACGACAACUACCACGACAGCUCCUUCUCUUCUUGUUCGGUACGCCUAUGCUCAAGCCGUGAACACCAUAUACUUCACGUCAGUGCAGUGGGUGACGCAGACGGUCAUCACAAGCUACCCAGUCACCGCAACUUCAAUCACCACUCGAUAUCAGACCUACACUUCCAGCAUCACCGUCACUGCCACCACCGUGACCACUCUUCCGGAUGUCACGACUACCCUGCAGCUGACUACGAUCAUCCCCACGACUGUCGUUACCACGAUUGUCUACACGAGCAUCAUCAGCCAGACUACAACGUUGCAACUCACCACCGUGGUUCCUACCACCGUCGUCACCACGAGAUUCAGUACACUUACGCAGACGACCACAAUCUCAAAUACGGUGACUACCACCAUCGUUCCGGUGGUGACGGUCACGCCAACAGUGCUGUGGGCUCAAACGUUCAUCCGUAAUGUGCGCGCCGCCAAAACCAUCGCCGACGAGCGGGCCGUCGUGCAGAAGGAGAGCGCGGCCAUAAGAGCGAGCUUUAGGGAGGAGUCGCACAACUCAGACUUGCGACGCAACAAUGUCGCCAAGCUUCUCUACCUCUUCACGCUGGGCGAGCGAACACACUUCGGCCAGAUCGAGUGCCUCAAGCUGCUGGCUUCACCGCGUUUCGCCGACAAAAGACUGGGCUACUUGGGCACGAUGCUGCUGCUGGACGAGAACCAGGAGGUGCUGACCCUCGUCACCAACUCGCUGAAGAACGACCUGAACCACAGCAACCAGUACAUCGUCGGACUUGCCCUCUGCACCCUCGGAAACAUCGCCUCGAUCGAGAUGUCCCGUGAUCUCUUUCCCGAAGUCGAGACCAUCCUGUCCUCGUCGAAUCCAUACAUCAGGCGGAAGGCAGCAUUGUGUGCGAUGCGCAUUUGCAGAAAGGUCCCAGACCUGCAGGAGCACUUCCACGACAAGGCCAACCUCCUGCUGAACGAUCGCAACCAUGGCGUGCUGCUCAGUGGACUCACGUUGGUCGUGAGCAUGUGCGAAGCCGACGAGGAAGAAGGCGGUGAGCAGGGCGUUGUAGAGAUGUUCAGGCCCUUGACACCAAGCUUGGUCAAGGUGCUAAAGGCCCUCUCACAGUCCGGAUAUGCACCCGAGCACGAUGUCACUGGAAUCACUGACCCUUUCUUGCAAGUGAAGAUAUUACGAUUGUUGAGGGUGCUUGGCAGAGGAGAUCCGCAGACCAGCGAGCAGAUCAAUGACAUAUUGGCCCAGGUAGCCACCAACACGGAAGCCUCAAAGAACGUGGGCAACUCCAUCCUCUACGAAGCCGUGCUGACAAUACUGGACAUUGAAGCCGAUUCUGGCCUGAGAGUGCUCGGCGUUAACAUUCUUGGAAAGUUCUUGACCAACAGGGACAACAACAUCCGCUACGUCGCUCUAAACACCUUACUCAAGGUUGUUGCCAUCGAACCAAAUGCUGUGCAACGGCAUCGAAACACCAUUCUGGAUUGUUUGCGAGAUCCGGAUAUCAGCAUACGAAGGCGAGCAUUGGAUUUGAGUUUCACCCUGAUCAACGAGUCCAACAUUCGAGUCCUCAUCAGAGAAUUGCUCGCCUUCCUGGAAGUGGCAGACAACGAGUUCAAGCCUGUCAUGACUUCUCAGAUCGGCAUUGCUGCAGAUCGCUUCGCACCAAAUAAGCGAUGGCAUGUCGACACUAUGCUGCGUGUGCUUAAACUCGCGGGCAACUACGUGAAAGAGCAAAUACUGUCGUCCUUUGUCCGCUUGAUUGCAACCACGCCGGAACUGCAGACCUAUUGCGCACAGAAGCUAUAUGCGGCUUUGAGAGAAGACAUCAGCCAAGAAGGCCUGAAUCUCGCUGGUGCCUGGGUCAUUGGCGAGUAUGGUGACGCACUCCUUAGAGGCGGUUCUUACGAAGAGGAAGAACUCGUUCGCGAGGUCAAAGAGAAUGAAAUUGUGGAACUUUUCACGACCAUCCUCAACUCCAGCUACUCCGGCACAAGCGUGACCGAGUACAUCAUUACCGCAGCGAUCAAGCUGACUACGCGCCUACAAGACCGGGCUCAGGUCGAUCGGCUGAGACGAUUAUUGCUUAGCCGGCAAGCAGAUCUGAACGUCGAAGUGCAGCAGCGCUCUGUUGAGUACGGCAACCUGUUCGGCUAUGAUGAAGUACGUAGAGGCGUCCUGGAACGGAUGCCGCCACCAGAGAUUCGGGAAGAACAGAGAGUCCUUGGCGAGGCGACCAAGAAACGUCACAGCAAGUUGCCAGCGAAGAAAAAGCCAAGUCAGAUCACAGAGCAGGAUAUGCUUCUCGACCUAAUGGGUGGAGACUCGGGCGUCCCAACGGCUGGCACAGGUGCAGUCAUGAAUGGCUCACAGGCCAACAAUGCUGAUUUGCUCGCUGAUAUACUAGGCGGUGGUGACUCCGUUUCGUCACCAGUGCAGCAAAGCGCAUCUCCGCCCAACGGAUCAGCGCGACCACAGAGUAACAUGGAUUCGAUCAUGGACCUUUUCGGCUCUCAACCAUCAGCAGCGCCAGCAUCAUCACCACAGCGUACACAUUCCUCCGCUGCCUCGAACGACAUCUUAGGUGGGUUUGGAGGCGCCACAGCACAACCCCAACAGCAAGCACAUACAGCGUACGACAAGAACGAUCUAUUCAUUGCCUUCAACGUCCAACGCAGCGCGCAAGCUGUGCAGGUCACCGCUCGAUUCCAGAACACCAGCGACUUUGUAGCGUUAAGCUCCUUAAAUUUGCAAGCGGCGGUGCCUAAAACACAAAAGUUACAGCUGCAGGCCAUCAACUCAUCUGAGCUUCAGGGUGGACAAGAAGCCACGCAACAAAUGCGAAUCACUGGGGUCCAAGGAGCCCCUCCAGCAAAGCUACGCUUACGUUUGAAGAUCACAUAUGCUAAAGAUGGUGGUGAUCCGAUCACGGAACAAGUGGAUUGGAGCGAGCCGACGUAG